GCUCCAGGCCGGCCCUUGUGCUCGGUGUCCCUCCGCCGCCGCCGCCGUUCCCGUUUCCGGCGGGGGAGAUGGCCGGGAUCUGAGCCGGAGGAGGCCGCACCCGCGCCGCGCUCUGCGGCGGGCUCUAGGCGAUGCCGAGCAGCUCGGACACGGCGCUGGGGGGAGGCGGGGGCCUGAGCUGGGCGGAGAAGAAGUUGGAGGAACGCCGCAAGCGGAGGCGAUUCCUGUCCCCUCAGCAGCCGCCGCUGCUGUUGCCGCUCCUGCAGCCGCAGCUCCUGCAACCGCCGCCGCCCCCGCCGCCUCUGCUCUUCCUGGCUGCUCCCGGCACGGCCGCCGCCGCAGCCGCCGCCGCCGCGGCCUCCUCCUCUUGCUUCAGCCGGGCCCCCCCUCUGGAGGUCAAGCGGCUGGCGAGAGGCAAGAGGCGCCCAGGAGGGCGGCAGAAGCGGCGCCGCGGGCCCCGCGCCGGGCAGGAGGCGGAGAAGCGUCGGGUCUUCUCGCUGCCCCAGCCGCAGCAGGACGGCGGUGGCGGUGCCAGUAGCGGCGGGGGUGUGACCCCGCUGGUGGAAUACGAGGAUGUGAGCUCCCAGUCCGAGCAGGGGCUGCUGCUGGGGGGGGCCAGCGCGGCAACGGCGGCGACGGCUGCCGGGGGAACGGGGGGCAGCGGCGGGAGUCCGGCCUCGUCCUCCGGCACCCAGCGGCGCGGGGAGGGCUCGGAGCGCAGGCCCCGGCGGGACCGCCGCCGCAGCAGCGGCCGCAGCAAGGAGCGCCACCGCGAGCACCGGCGGCGGGACGGGCAGCGCGGCGGCGGCGAGGCCUCCAAGUCCCGCAGCCGCCACAGCCACAGCCACAGCGGCGAGGAGCGGGCCGAGGCGGCCAAGAGCGGCAGCAGCAGCAGCAGCGGCGGCCGCCGGAAGAGCGCCUCGGCCACGUCCAGCAGCAGCAGCAGCCGCAAGGACCGGGACCCCAAGGGCCACCGGAGCCGGACUAAGUCGUCCAAGGAGCCGCCUUCGGCCUACAAGGAGCCGCCCAAGGCCUACCGGGAGGACAAGAGCGAGCCCAAGGCCUACAGGCGGCGGCAGCGCUCGCUGAGCCCGCUGGGCGGCCGGGACGACAGCCCGGUGUCCCACAGGGCCUCGCAGAGCCUGAGGAGCCGCAAGUCCCCCAGCCCGGCGGGAGGUGGCAGCAGCCCCUAUUCUCGGCGGCUCCCCCGCUCCCCGAGCCCCUACAGCCGCCGCCGCUCCCCCAGCUACAGCCGCCACAGUUCCUACGAGCGCGGCGGCGACGUGUCCCCCAGCCCCUACAGCAGCAGCAGCUGGCGCCGCUCCCGGAGCCCCUACAGCCCGGUCCUCAGACGGUCUGCCAAGUCCCGAAGCAGAAGCCCAUAUUCAUCUAGGCAUUCAAGAUCUCGUAGCAGGCACAGAUUGUCUAGAUCCAGAAGUCGUCAUUCUAGCAUUUCUCCUAGCACACUAACUCUCAAGAGUAGCCUGGCAGCUGAAUUGAACAAGAAUAAAAAAGCAAGAGCUGCAGAGGCAGCAAGAGCUGCAGAGGCAGCGAAAGCUGCAGAAGCAGCUAAGGCUGCUGAGGCCGCUGCCAAAGCUGCCAAAGCCUCAAACACUUCUACACCUACCAAGGGGAGCACAGAAACUGGUGCCAGUGCAUCACAAACCAACCACGUGAAGGAUGCGAAGAAACUUAAAAUUGAGCAUGCACCUUCUCCCUCAAGUGGUGGAACUUUAAAGAAUGACAAGGCAAAAACAAAGCCACCUCUUCAGGUGACAAAGGUGGACAAUAAUUUGAUUGUAGAUAAAGCCACCAAGAAAGCAGUUGUAGUUGGGAAGGAGAGUAAAUCUGCUGCUACGAAGGAGGAACCAGUAUCUCUUAAAGAGAAAACCAAACCACUUACACCAAGCAUAGGCGCCAAGGAGAAGGAGCAACAUGUGGCUUUAGUGACCUCUACGUUACCACCAUUACCCUUGCCUCCCAUGCUGCCUGAAGAUAAAGAUACUGAUAGCUUACGAGGAAAUAUUUCAGUAAAAGCGGUUAAAAAAGAAGUAGAAAAGAAACUACGAUGUCUACUUGCUGAUUUACCACUGCCCCCUGAGCUACCAGGAGGGGAUGAUCUCUCCAAGAGUCCAGAGGAAAAGAAAACGGCAACACAGUUACAUAGUAAAAGGAGACCUAAAAUAUGUGGGCCUCGCUAUGGUGAAAUCAAAGAAAAAGAUAUUGACUGGGGAAAACGCUGCGUGGAUAAAUUUGAUAUCAUCGGAAUUAUCGGAGAAGGUACCUAUGGACAAGUUUACAAAGCCAGGGAUAAAGACACUGGAGAGAUGGUAGCCUUAAAAAAAGUACGUCUAGAUAAUGAAAAGGAAGGCUUUCCGAUUACAGCAAUUCGAGAAAUUAAAAUUCUCCGGCAGCUUACCCAUCAGAGUAUUAUCAAUAUGAAGGAAAUAGUGACCGAUAAAGAAGAUGCUCUGGAUUUUAAGAAGGAUAAAGGUGCAUUUUAUCUGGUGUUUGAAUACAUGGACCAUGAUCUGAUGGGACUACUGGAAUCAGGCUUGGUUCAUUUUAAUGAAAAUCACAUAAAGUCAUUUAUGAGACAGCUCAUGGAAGGUCUGGAUUAUUGUCAUAAGAAGAACUUUUUGCAUAGAGAUAUUAAAUGUUCAAAUAUUCUUCUAAAUAAUAGAGGGCAGAUAAAACUCGCAGAUUUUGGACUUGCUCGAUUAUAUAGCUCAGAAGAAAGUCGGCCAUAUACUAACAAGGUCAUCACUUUAUGGUACCGUCCACCUGAACUGCUGUUGGGAGAAGAACGAUAUACGCCAGCUAUUGACGUAUGGAGCUGUGGAUGUAUCCUUGGUGAACUCUUCACUAAAAAACCGAUAUUUCAAGCAAAUCAGGAACUUGCACAACUAGAAUUAAUAAGCCGUAUAUGUGGGAGUCCAUGUCCUGCAGUCUGGCCCGAUGUAAUCAAACUACCCUAUUUCAACACCAUGAAACCAAAGAAGCAAUACCGUCGAAAGUUAAGAGAAGAAUUUGUUUUUAUCCCUGCAGCCGCACUAGACUUGUUUGAUUACAUGCUCGCCUUGGAUCCUAGUAAGCGCUGCACUGCAGAACAGGCUCUUCAGUGUGAGUUCCUACGAGACGUGGAACCUUCAAAAAUGCCUCCGCCAGACCUUCCUUUAUGGCAAGAUUGUCAUGAGUUAUGGAGUAAAAAACGAAGAAGACAGAAGCAGAUGGGCAUGACUGAUGAUGUUUCCACAAUUAAAGCCCCCAGAAAGGACUUGUCUCUGGGCUUGGAUGACAGCAGAACCAGUACCCCUCAGGGUGUGCUGCCGUCUUCACAACUGAAAUCUCAGGGCAACUCGAAUGUAGCACCUGUAAAAACAGGCCCUGGACAGCAGUUAAACCACAGUGAAUUGGCAAUUCUACUAAACCUACUACAAUCUAAAACAAGUGUUAAUAUGGCUGAUUUUGUCCAAGUGUUGAACAUUAAGGUAAACUCUGAGACUCAACAGCAGCUCAAUAAAAUAAACCUUCCUGCUGGAAUUUUGGCAACAGGUGAAAAACAGACAGAUCCAUCAACACCACAGCAGGAGUCUUCGAAACCAUUGGGAGGAAUUCAGCCUUCUUCUCAGAGCAUCCAGCCUAAAGUGGAGACUGAUGCUACCCAGGCUGCUGUGCAGAGCGCAUUUGCGGUUCUGUUGACUCAGUUAAUAAAGGCUCAGCAGUCGAAGCAGAAAGACGUGCUACUAGAAGAGAGGGAGAAUGGAUCGGGACAUGAAGCGUCGUUACAACUCAGGCCACCUCCAGAACCUAGCACUCCGGUCUCGGGGCAAGAUGACCUCAUCCAACACCAAGAUAUGAGGAUAUUGGAGCUCACACCAGAACCAGACCGGCCUCGCAUUCUGCCUCCUGAUCAGCGACCUCCUGAACCACCUGAACCACCACCAGUCACUGAGGAAGAUCUGGAUUAUCGGACAGAAAACCAGCACGUCCCCACCACUGGUUCUUCCUUAACUGACCCUCAUGCCGGAGUGAAAGCAGCGCUGUUACAGCUUCUUGCUCAGCAUCAGCCCCAGGAUGAUCCCAAAAGAGAAGGUGGUAUUGACUACCAAGUAGGAGACACUUACGUACCCACUUCAGACUACAAGGACAACUUUGGAUCUUCUUCCUUCUCCUCUGCUCCUUAUGUUAGCAGUGAUGGUCUAGGGGGUAGCUCUGCUCCACCACUGGAACGACGUAGCUUCAUCGGGAACUCUGAUAUUCAGUCUUUGGACAACUACAGUACUACUUCAUCUCAUUCUGGUGGGCCACCUCAGCCUUCUGCCUUUUCGGAGUCAUUUCCUAGUUCAGUAGCUGGAUAUGGAGACAUUUACCUCAAUACUGGUCCCAUGUUGUUUAGUGGAGACAAGGACCAUAGAUUUGAAUAUAGCCAUGGCCCCAUUGCAGUCCUGGCAAACAGCAGUGACCCUUCCACAGGGCCCGAGAGUACUCAUCCUUUGCCAGCAAAGAUGCACAACUAUAACUAUGGUGGUAACUUACAGGAAAACCCAGGCGGCCCUGGCCUCAUGCAUGGACAGACCUGGACUUCUCCUGCUCAAGGACCUGGAUAUUCACAAGGAUACAGGGGACACAUUAGCACAUCAACUGGCAGAGGUCGAGGCAGAGGGUUACCAUACUGAGUAUCUGUUUUUCCUCAGGCACAUCAUUUUUAUCUGGAAAGACUUUUCUAGCUGCGAUUUAAGGCAGCAGUCCAAGAGACUUGAAUAAUAUUAAUUCAACAACAGCUUUAUUUUUAUGUGGAAAAGGGUCUUGCAUACAAUAGUUAAAAAAAAAAAGACAAAAAAAACCUUUGCUUAAAUUCAUGCUGUUCUAAAAACUAGAUCUAUUAAUUGUACAUCUUCACGAAUUCUAGUUAACAAUUUUAUUUUGUAUUCUUGCAGUUUUAAGUGGAUGCUAAUCUUAGGGACAUAAAAGUCUUUAUGGCCCUCUGCAGAUCUUCUGAACUAUGCACAUUUGUGCUUUUUUUGUAAGUUUGGACCAACUUUUAUGUAACAACCAACAAACCCCUCCCCCCUCCAGUUUUACAACAAUCAGAAAGGGCACUGAUUUAUUUGGUAUUUUUCUUUUUACAAAGCUACCUUUAGUCAAAGGUCACUGUCAGUCUUUGCACCUGCUUUCAGUGUUAUUGUGAAAGGUGUACUUUGUGCAUUUCAGAAAAUAAAACACAACCUUUCUCUUGA